GCGUCAGUGAAUCGUCGAACCACGCCUGGGCAAACAACCCCGCCACAGCAGAAGCAUACCCUAGACUGUCACUGCCUGCCUCACCACCUGCCCACCUCCCUACCUUGACCACGCAUUACGCACUUGAGGCAUCUAGCCAUGUUCCCGACCUUCACGGGCAACUCGCGGAGAGCGCGGAACGUCAACCUCAGCGGCCAACGAACCGCCAAUCCCUUCACCAACCCAUCCUGGGGUGGCCCCAGCACUGCGGCCGCCGGAGCUUCCAAGUCAGUUGCGCUCGCCCAGGCCGAACGUCAGCAGAGGCAGCACGAGAGAGACCGGCUCAAGGCGGCGCUGCGCAUUCAAAAGACAUGGAGGGGCCACUGCGUGCGAUGGAGUUUGAGAGCUUCCCGCCGUCAGGCACUCGACCGACUCUACGAUGGGCAAGACGCGGUGGAUGCGCAGCAGAGAUCUGUGCGGGCCCUUCCUCUUGUCUUGGCCGUCAACGGAGGGGUCAGCCCUGAGGAUCACCGCAGACUGGUUUGGGUGGCUCAAGAUCUCCUACGGUCCAACUUCAGUGCUUUCGUUUCGGGAGCCGUACAUUUCACCCGACUAAACAAGCUUGCCCGCUUGCUGAUCGCCUCGCUGGAAGGGUCUGACGUCGCUACCACACUACCACAGACGCAAGUUUUGUUGGAAACGCUGAAUGGCAUACUAAAAAUACGGCCUCGAUCGAUAGAGCCUGUUCUAGGAAGGUAUUGCAGAGUGUUGGGCGAGUGUGGCCGCCAUGUUAGCCCAGAAUCUCCGUCGCGGGAUCUCCUUCGGGCCAUCGUGGUUGCACCGCUUAUUGCGACUGGCGUCCCAGCGUCAUUCACCUCGGCGGCUUACCACGAGUUUGCCCUUUCCUUCUUGACGCAGCCCGAUCUGGUCUUGUUUGAAGCCGACGUCGGCUCUUUUGUGGCCGAUGUUGACACCGACUGUCUGUCUGAGUCUCUUCUCAACAACCCGCCGGCAGAGCCCAAGACACCUAAAUCCUACCUCACUAUCUUGUGGCUGCUAGCACAUCUAGUUGCGCUGCAAAAGGCCAAGAGGCAGCACACUUGGAACCCAAAAUUUCUCAAGGCCUUGUAUUUGCUCCUGUCCCUCUCAUCUACCCGGAUACGAGCAGGCUCUAGAGCUCCCGACUCUCGAGGCUCACGUGAAACUCGAAAGCCUGAGGACAUGUUCCAUAACGCACUCCCUCCCUACAUAUUGAAUAAACUUUCUUCUUUGAUUGAUAAGGACGAAAUCUCUAGUCUUCUUGACAUGUUCACCUUAUCUUCCUCGGAGUUUGAGGACGCUAGCUUCCUCGCUGGCUACAUCCUCACGUUGAUCUACUGUUUCCCCACGCUUAGCGACGACAUUAGGAUGCGCCUGUAUCUAGUAGACAUGUCUACUCGGCGCGGCUCGCUGCCUGCUCUUAAGUUCUUCUGGAAUGCCAUGAGCCAGACUUCGAUUUUCUCCACUAUUGUCUCCAACGAGGAAGCUACCCUCAACGUCUUGCGACAGAAAUCGAAUUCCUUAGAGUCGUCGGCCGCCAAGACUGAUUCGCAGUGGCAUCGAGAAUGGCGAACUAUUCUCUUAUUUCUCGAGUUGUAUGUCUUUAUUCUCCGGCUAACUGACGACGACGAUUUUUUCAGCGGCCUUAAUUCCCAAGCCAGCGUCGGGAGCACCGCCUUGCGGUUACGCUCAAGUACGCUUUCGCUAGAGGAACUGAAACGCCUCACGCGCUUUCUGAAGCACCUGAGCUUCACGCUGUACUACAGCGCUGCCGAGCUGCUGGAAGCAGCAGCGGGACCUACCAGGAACUUGAGCGGCCUUGAUGACUUCUUGGCUUCCCCGGUCCGCCGUAGUAACUCGGUAGAUGUCGGUCGUGUCCAGAAGGUAUCGACGUUCGUCAUCACGGCAGGAAUUGAUUUUGACGCGUUCAGGAGUCUCGUAACGGCAGCAAUGAGAAUGCUCUAUGAGCGAGAUUCUCGGCGUCCAUUCCUGCCGCAGGGUCAUUGGCUCAUGACGUCCAAGUUCGAUAUGGAAGGCUUCUUCUCUGCCGUCGUACUCGAAGAACAGAGGCAGCGGGAGCUCCGUGAGUCUGGUGAAGAUGAUGACGACGGCGGGGAUGGCGAUGAGAUGGAUACGGAUGAGCCCGCCAAUCUAACGUUUACGGUUCAAAGACCAUCGCUUCACGCGCAGCUGGAAAGGCUGAGAACACAACAGAGAAAGGCCGCCCGGGAGAGGAUGCUAGCAUCAAUCGGCCCGCGACUUGAGAUCUUACGGAACAUGCCAUUUAUCGUGCCAUUUGAGAUACGGGUUCAGAUAUUCCGGCAGUUCGUUCACCUCGACAAAGAACGGAGAAGAGGUGGGUUUAUUGACCCAGACAGAUGGAGGCUAUGGAUACUCGACCAACACGGAGGGGGUUUUGAGCAUCCGAACUCGGCUGCGACGCAGGUGCUUGGCCGACACCAGGCACAAAUCACCAGAGGCCGCAUCUUUUUGGAUGCAAUGAAUAAGUUCUGGGAGUUGGAGGACGGCCUGAAAGAGCCGAUUCAGAUUACAUUCGUGGAUGAAUUCGGGAUGCAAGAAGCCGGGAUAGAUGGUGGCGGCGUGACCAAGGAGUUUCUGACGAGCGUCACGACCGAGGCUUUCACUCAAGAUCAGCGGUUAUUUGUCACCAACAGCCAGAACUCGUACUAUCCGAAUCCAUCCGCCGUUGACCAACAGAGAGAGGCGCUUCGGAGAGCCGAGGUUCCCGAAGGCUCAGAGACGUGGCGCGAGAGCUUGGCGGAUCUCCUACGGCAGUACGAGUUUCUCGGUCGAAUUAUUGGGAAAUGCAUGUACGAGGGCAUCUUGAUCGAUAUUGUAUUUGCCGGGUUUUUCCUCCUCAAGUGGGCCACGGCCGGCACCGAUACCUAUCGUGCCAACAUCAACGAUCUUCGAGAUCUAGACGACGAGCUGUAUCAGGGCAUGCUGCAGCUGAAGAACUAUCCGGGCGACGUCAGCGACCUCGACCUCGACUUUACCAUCACUGAUCAAGUAUCGCCGCCUGAUAUGCCGGUCAGCACUGUGACGCGCAACCUCAUCCCUGACGGCGAGAACGUGCCCGUCACCAAUGAGAACAAGCCUCUCUACAUCAGCUAUGUAGCACGCCACCGCCUUGCGGUGCAGCCACACGCGCAGACGCGUGCAUUCCUUCGCGGUCUAGGCACAAUCAUCGACCCCGCCUGGCUCAGCAUGUUCAACCAGAUCGAGUUGCAGCGGCUGGUGGGCGGCGACAACUCGGAGAUCGACGUUGAGGAUUGGCGCCGCCACACCUUUUACAGCGGCGUCUACGCCAUUGGCGACGACGGCGAAGAGCAUCCUACGGUCAAAAUGUUCUGGGACGUCGUGCGCGGCCUCGAGGACCGCGAGCGCCGCGACGUGCUCAAGUACGUCACGAGCACUCCGCGCGCACCGCUGCUUGGCUUCAGCCAGCUGAGUCCCGCCUUCAGCAUCCGUGACGGCGGGCAGGACCAGGAUAGGCUGCCGAGCGCAAGCACGUGUAUGAACCUGUUGAAGUUACCACAGUACCAGACCGCCGCUACGCUCAAGAGCAAGCUCCUGUACGCAGUCUCGAGCGGGGCCGGGUUUGAUCUAAGUUAGGGGGUGUUUCCCAGAAAGUUGUUGUUUUCUCAAAUGUGUUAGAUCGCAGAUACGCCAGAUGAGUAUUAUAGGAGGCUAUAGAGUUUUGAGGGGCAAUGGGCGAGCUUUGGACUGAGGCUUUCAUGUAAUGAUAUGCAACGCGUUUUGCACAUUACGAUAUCAAGUCUAUCUGCCCGCUCUAGAUAGUAUAGUGCACCUCUAGAUUUAAUCGGUUUUACGAAGGGCGAGUUCGAGGGGGAGAAAAGACGACGGUGGCGGUUUCACGAUGAUGGAUUAUGUUGUGGCAUUAACUACUAUCACUAAUAUUACCAUUAUUAUCGAAUAGACUGGCGGUCCCUGAGACUGGCGUCUCGUCCUCGUGAUUUGAGACUAGCGUCUCUUUCUUGUGAUUUGUCGGCUGGUAGCUGAGCGCCAGCAGGUGCGGUUUUCUUUGCCGCAGGUCGAGCAUCAUCUGCCCGAACAGGCCGUUGGCCCACGAGAACCUAUAG